UAUCAUUUCAGGCCUAAAGAAAGAUCUGUAAUAAACAGAUUUAGCUCUUGCAUAAUGUAUGUUUAACUUUUAAUUUUUUUCUUUUUUUAGUUAAUCGUAAAUACAAUGGAUACCACGAUCGUGACGCCGUCAAUAUUUUUGACGUCGCUGACGUCACAGGACACCACAUCUAUCACAACCAAUCUACCAUUAACCACAGAUUACCUCGAUCUAAAUACUACAUCUUCAGCUAUCAUGACAACAGAUGGCAUCGUUACCAUAACAACAGAGCCGACCUCAACGACAACCAUGGCAACUACCACAACUGUGAUAACAACACUUCUUAUCGCCUGCACUAAACCCCCUGCUGUCAGCAACUCCUUAUUUACAUUUACCGGAUAUGACGUCAUUUAUACCUGUAACAGUGGAUUUACUAUGCGUGGUGCGUCAAGACUUGACUGUGACGUCACCAAAGGUCAAUGGGUUGACAGCCCCCCUUCAUGCUCUCCUCUUGACCUUCGACCCCAAGUACACAAUACCGUCAAUAUUCCGGAAACGAAAGAAGCUAUAAAAACUGAAGAUAUCAAACUGAUAGUAGCUGUAUUGGGUGGUUUAUUGGGCUUGAUUGCUCUCAUUGGUUUACUAUUGUUUAUAACACAUCUCUGUGGAUGUGGUACACCUAUUUGUGGUGGAAGACGUCGUCCGGUAGAAAAAGAGCAACAGGCUGUCCAAACUGACAGAAUGCACAGGAAGAUAUCCAACGGAGAUGUAAGAAUAUUUCACAGUAACGUAGAACAUACGUUUUACGACAGCGGCGACGUUUUAGUUGAUCUGGAGAGUGGUCGCUAUGUUGUUCCCAGAAAAGCAUCUGAUAUUCCGAACGAUGAUAUGGCUCAUCAACCAAAUGGCAGCCUCGUUACCAACUAUAACGAAGAAUUGGUUCAUCAACCAAACGUCACUAACUAUAAUAACUUUACAGCUGCUCAGAUACGGAGCAAUACUAUGGACUUCGACAAGAAGAGGAAAGGAUCCGUGGAUGUUAGAAGUUUGAGUCACCAUAGCGACAGUCCCCAUGGAAACCACAAAUUAUAUCGGGCUCAUCGGAAGGUGCAGGCAGUCAACUCAUGGAUGCCUCAUUCUCGUCCAAUUAGAAACAUUAAUACGAGUACUAAAUAAAACUGGAAAUAUAUUAUAAUAUAUACCGAGACUCAAUGAAAACUCAUCACUUUUUAUAAAUGGUUGAUUGAAAAUCUCGUUUGAGGGAAACACUAACUAUCGGGUAAUCCUGAAUAUAGCAACAUCAGAUCCAAUCUGAUUAAAACACAGAUUCUAUUUCGUUUCGUUUAUUAUAGUUCAAAAAUUCGUUUUACUUGCCUUUACUGCAUGUAGUAGAGGUCAUCGAACGUAUAAAAACAAAACGAAAUAUAGAUCUGUAUUUUAAUAAAAUAGAUCGCGAUCACUUAAACCCGCCCACGGAACAAUUGUCUCAAACAAAAAAUAGGAAAGUUGAAAUUCACGAUAUAAGCUGCAGACAUUGGGUAUAAAAUGUGGCUCUAAGACGCUAUGGCCAGAACAAGUCCUACAAUACUGUUGAAGCAGUGAAAGACACACCCAUACUGUGGAAGCAGUGGAAGACACACCCAUACUCUGAAAGCAGUAGAAGACACACCCAUAUGCCAGAGUUGACAACUGAACAGCUAGAUAGAAUCAUUAUAUUGUAAAAAUGGUUUCUGUUGGUUGGUUUAUUAUCUUGAAUAUAAGAGAAAUCCAAUAUUGUCGUUUCUUAGUAAUUUAUUCAGUGAAGAUAAUGGUGAAUUAACAAAAUUAUUUAUAUCUUCCAAAAGUACCUGCAACUCUUAAGAUGCCACGUGUAGGAUUGAACUCAUUUUUUGAUUGGUGGAAGACCAAUUACGAAAGACGCCAAAUUUCUAGAGACUGCACUGUUACAAUAUCCUCCGUCAGAAGAUCUGGAAGCCAUCUUGAGACGGCAGGAUGAUCGUUUCCAGGAGACAGAGUCCAAUUGAGAUGAAACAAGCCCGGGCUCGACAAGACCAGCACCAGCGCAAGGAUGGUACUGUUGAUACUGUGAGUCCACAAGGCGCAAGGAUGGUACUGUUGAUACCUUUUAGUCCACAAGCUGUGAGUCCACAAGGCGCAAGGAUGGUACUGUUGAUACUGUGAGUCCACAAGCUGUGAGUCCACAAGGCGCAAGGGUGGUACUGUUGAUACUGUGAGUCCACAAGCUGUGAGUCCACAAGCUGUGAGUCCACAAGGGUUCAUCAAUCAUCUGUGUUCACUUCAAUCUCAUUAAAAUACAGAUCUAUAUUUCGUUUCGUUUUUUUAUACUUUCGAUGGUCUCUACUACACGAAGAUCUGGCCGGUUGUUGUGAAAGGUUGCGUCAGAGGUCAUACGAGUAGUUUUUGACCCAAUGACGUCAGACAACUGAUUAACCAAUUCAAUUCCCGUUGAUGUUUCUAGUGGGUUACACACAGUUCUGUGCACCUGACGCCAAAAAGUGGUAACAGACCGCUCCAUUGGCAAAUCCCUCACAUCAUCCAGAACGCGGGUUAUAUAACAACUCUUCCAGAUACUAGUGUUGUGAAGACAAGUAAAACAAAAUUUUAAACUAUAAAAAACGAAACGAAAUAGAAUCUGUGUUUUAAUCAGAUUGUGUUAACUGUCGUACUGUUGGAUCUAGCGCGGCUACUGACAUUUGAUGUUUGUACCUUUUGUUGUGGCCCCUGUGGAUUGUUGUUGAUUUUCUUGUGUGGAUAACUUUAUCCAGCCAACAAUCAUACCAACAAUAACAUUUCAGAUGUAUUAUGUCUCGCCAGCCCUUCCUGUCAAAUCAGUGGUAUGUUUUCAUUACGUCUCAGUAUACGUUUUUCUAUCAAUUAUACACGUAGACGUCAUUAUUAAAGUUUCUCCCAAAUAUAAAUAGAAAGGCAAUAUUUG